GUGUGUGCGUGCGUGUGUGUGUGCGUGCGUGUGUGUGUGUGUGUGUGUGCGUCUCGCCAAUACCAAUGCCGAUCGACAAUUUCGAAUUCUGGCCGUGGGUGCCGCGCUAUAUAAAGUAUACGGAAUGCGUGUGUGUGCCAUAAAAAUGUUCAAUGUCCAACGUCUACCACGUUGGUCUGCCAUGGUCUGUUGCCCGCGAUUGACUGUAAUUUAGUGAUUUCUGGGAUACAAUCAAUGCGUUUCGGCGCUUUCUGAAUCCGAAACAUCAAAAGAAAGCCCCACCGAGUGGGAGGAAAAGCAAUAGAGGAACAAAAAUAACACACACGUUGCCCAAACUCAUUUGAAAUUUGCAAUCACAAUUCGAAUCUAAAAACCAAAAUGCCGCGUUGCAUUUGCUGGACGAUUUGUUGUCAAUUUCGCAAUUGAAUCUCAAAAGCACGCCAAACAAGCAAACGAGUGCAUUCAUCAACUGCAAUCCCAAUCCCAUUAUCCAAAUCCCCCAUCCCACAGGCCAUUCCCCCUUCCAACCCCCUGCUCUGCAUAGCAUCCUGCACUCGACAAAAUUCGUUUGUUCCAUAGUCUUGUCCACUCGGUCAGGCAAAUGACAAAUGCCAUGAACGCCCUUGCCGCACUCGCUGCGGUUGCAACAACAGCGGCAGCAGCAUCGGCAUCGGCAACAGCUGCCAGUAGAAAUAGCAGUAGCAGCAGCAGCAGCGGCAGCACCACCAGCAGCACUAUCAGCCACCAUCACCACCACAAUCGGAGUGCUCCAUUGCUGAACGCCGAUCACUUACCGCAGCUGCAGCUGACAACCGCCAAAGUGGAUCUGGACUUUGAAAUCGACAUUCAACUGCUGACAAAUGGCUAUGACGGCACAACGCUUACAUCGUUCUACAAUGAGACCAGCUGGACAAAUGCCUCUGAAAUGGAUACAAUAGUUGGUGAGGAACCGGAGCCGCUGUCGCUUGUGUCAAUUGUAGUUGUUGGCAUCUUCCUAUCGGUGCUGAUAUUCCUAUCCGUUGCCGGCAACAUUCUUGUUUGUCUAGCCAUCUACACAGAGCGCAGUUUGCGACGCAUUGGCAAUCUGUUCCUGGCCUCAUUAGCGAUUGCGGAUCUAUUUGUGGCCUCAUUGGUGAUGACAUUCGCUGGUGUCAACGAUUUGCUGGGCUAUUGGAUAUUUGGAGCACAAUUUUGUGAUACGUGGGUGGCAUUUGAUGUGAUGUGCUCGACAGCAUCAAUUCUGAAUCUAUGCGCCAUAUCAAUGGACCGGUAUAUACACAUCAAGGAUCCACUCAGAUAUGGUCGUUGGGUGACACGUCGCGUUGCUGUCAUUACCAUCGCUGCCAUUUGGCUGCUGGCCGCGUUCGUUUCAUUUGUGCCCAUCUCGUUGGGCAUUCACCGACCCGACCAGCCGCUGAUUUUUGAGGAUAAUGGCAAAAAGUAUCCAACAUGCGCUCUGGAUUUAACACCCACAUAUGCUGUCGUUUCCAGCUGUAUCAGUUUCUACUUUCCCUGUGUGGUUAUGAUUGGCAUCUACUGUCGGCUCUAUUGCUAUGCCCAAAAACAUGUGAAAUCCAUCAAAGCAGUAACACGACCCGGUGAGGUGGCCGAAAAGCAACGUUACAAGAGUAUACGGCGACCCAAAAAUCAACCGAAGAAAUUCAAGGUACGCAAUCUGCAUCACAGUUCACCAUAUCAUGUCUCGGAUCACAAGGCCGCUGUCACUGUGGGCGUCAUUAUGGGUGUGUUCCUUAUCUGUUGGGUACCCUUCUUUUGUGUGAAUAUUACGGCUGCCUUCUGCAAGACCUGCAUCGGCGGUCAAACGUUCAAAAUACUCACCUGGCUGGGCUAUUCGAAUUCGGCUUUCAAUCCGAUUAUCUACUCAAUUUUCAACAAGGAAUUUCGCGAUGCCUUCAAGCGUAUACUAACCAUGCGGAAUCCCUGGUGUUGUGCCCAGGAUGUGGGCAACAUACAUCCACGAAACAGUGAUCGCUUCAUCACGGACUAUGCAGCGAAGAAUGUGGUGGUAAUGAACUCGGGCCGUUCCAGUGCCGAGCUGGAACAGGUCUCUGCGAUUUGACCUAAAAUGGCAGGCUGUUGGUCAUGCGGUUGUUGUUGCUGUGUUGCGGACAAUGGUGAUACGGCUGCUUCGGGGCUCAAUGUGGAUGACGAUGAUGAUGGUGUGCUGACUACACGUUAUGUUCCAUGAGAAUCACUCACAGCGGCCACAACAACAAUCGUUGAGACUAUGGAGGCCGCACAAAUGGAAACGGAGCUGCUCUAAGCCAGCCUAUAGGGUUCCUACGAAAAAGAAAACAAAAACACACACACACACACAAAUGUCAAAUGACAAGAUGAAGUUAAGAAGCAAUCGCAUCCUCAUCCCCAAACCCCAGCCCCCUGCCACGACCCACAAGAAAUCGAAAAUAUCUAGAAACUAUUCAAAACCUGUAAGUAUUAUAAGCAAGUCCCAGAGACUAAGCAAUCUACUAUUCGGUAUACUUAAUCGUAAUUGUAAGACAAAUCAAACAACAAAUAUGAUAUGAUAAAAUGAAAAAAUGAAAAGAAACCCAAAACGUGAUUAGGUCUAAGAUCCUCUCUACCAAUCCUCCACUCUAAAGAGCUUCUAGUUAAGUUUUUUAUUUGUUAUUCAUGGCUAUGUCAGUUUCAACUCUCAAAAAACUUUUCAUUACACAAAAGCUAAACAUUUGAUUUA